CCUCAGCACUUCCAUCACCAUGAGGGCGACAGUGGCAGCUCUCCUUCUGUGUCUUGUGGUGGCAGCAUGCCGCAGCCAGGAGACUCCACCUGGCCCUCCUGGACCAACUGAAGGGCCACAACCAACUGGACCAUCUGGCCCACCAACUGGAGGUCCUGAUCCAACAGGUCAGCCUACUGGAGGUCCUGAACCAACUGGUCCACCAGGCCCACCUACUGGAGGUCCUGAACCAACAGGUCAACCUACUGGGGGUCCUCAACCAACUGGACCUCCAGGCUCACCUACUGGAGGUCCUGAACCAACUGAAGGACCCCAGCCAACUGGUGAACCUCAGCCUACUGGCCCACCAGGGCCACCCUCUGGAGGACUUUGGCUUUUUUGAAUUGGUGGACUCUGAUGGUUGACAUUAUUGCAUCUGUGAAACAUCAAGAGAGUUCAAACUUGAUAUUUACAAUUAACAGGAUCUACCUUAAUUGAUGGAAGUGUUCUGUGAACCGCUUUGUAAAAUUUUUUGUCAUUAAAUGAGCAUCUAAAAAUCUCCAUAAAUGUUUCCAUCUUCUGUAAA